CAAUUAGAGACAGUGGUCAGUGCCAGUGACGUCAGGCCAAAGUAGGACACCGCCCAUCGCCACCGCCCAUCGCCACCGCCAUCGCCACCCAUCGCUGCCCUGCGCAUCCGCGUCAUGGCCUCCGUUCGGCAGAGCAGCCUCCUGCCCAUGUCCCUGCCCCUGCCCCUCCCCCUGGUGCUGGUGCUAUCGCUGCACCUGUCCGGCGUCUGCGGCGUCAUGGACCGCCUGGUGGUGCAGACCUCCUCCGGACCCGUCCGCGGCCGCUCGGUGACGGUGCAGGGCAGGGAGGUGCACGUCUACACGGGCAUCCCCUACGCCAAGCCGCCCGUCGAGGACCUGCGCUUCCGCAAGCCGGUUCCGGCGGAGCCCUGGCACGGCGUCCUCGAUGCCACGCGACUGUCCGCCACCUGCGUCCAAGAGCGGUAA